AUGACUGAUGGGGAUGUAUUGGAGAGUGUAGGACCUGAGUAUGGUGCAAACGGUAUGGAACGAGGGGUGGAUAUGGUGGAUAUGGGUCUGGCUGGAAUGGAGUUAACUUUCUUCAUAGCUGUCCGUAUGUCACUGCAGACACUGCAGAGUGCUAAGAUAAUCUGUAUUACCUCUUAUCCCAGGGUGUAUGAAACAGUCCUUUUCAAGAUGUAUGGAAUAUCACAUGUUGCAUCGACACCAGGAGCAAGUUCAACAGUAUUUGAUGGAGAACAUAGACGCAGCCUCUCACAACGUAUUUUUCCAAGUUAUGCUUGUGCCUUUUUGGAUGAUGACGCUGCCUAUGAGUGUUGUUCCACAAAUCCUCUGACAGGCUCCCUUUCCACAUGUCGCCGCAGCCCUCGACUGCUUUCUAAUGGUUAUUAUGUUUUGACAGAAGACAGUUUUCUGUCUGAUGAAAAGGGUAACAUAACACUGACACCAUCCCAGACAAGUGUUACAUAUAAAGAGAAUUUAGUUCGUGUAUUCAGGCGAAGGAAGAAAAUCCGUCGCUCUCUUGCCAGCUUGUUCAAUCUCGGUGCCUCCAGUUCAUGGCUCAGCAGCACCAUCCUCAGCAAUAUGGAUUCCUGCCAUGUAGAUGGUCCUUGGCCUGAUGGCUGCAAUAAACUAGAAGCCAGUCAGAGUGAUAUUGGUGAUUCAGACUUUUCUUCUGAAUAUAAUAGCCAUGUGCCACAAAGGCAAACUCCAGCAUCUAAUGGAGCCUCUCUCACCAAAGAUGACGAGUUUCUUCAGCCUGAGAGACCAUUUUGUGCUUCAAAAUCCUGUUCUCCAUUUAUGAUAAAUGCAAAUGAAGAAACUUUGAGCAGUGCAGAAUCCAGGACAGUGCGAAAUGUCCUUUCUCAGAUGGUUGCACUGAUCACGUGUUUAAUCAUUUCAAUAUGUACAAGAUAUUUUCUGGGAGGACGGUCUGCCACUUUGUUGCUGAUAAUUUUAGUUUUUCUUUUGUCCCAGGAUGCUGCUGUGUCAUCUUUCUUCAGUCUUGACACACCUUUCAAAACAACUAAGUUUUGGUAA